AUGUCCGGCAGAUUCGUGUUCCUCCCCAGCCGGGCUGUGGCGAACAUGCUGCGGCGAUGGAACUACCAGGAGGGCUCAGGUCUCGGCACUCAGGGGCAAGGGAUCGUCGCGCCUAUACAAGCCGUCGUGCGGGUGCGGCGGCGUCCAAAGGCCGGCCUCGGCUACCGUGAGAAACCAUACGACAAUGGUCUCCACGUGCCGCCGGAGCCGCCCGUGGAGGAGGAGUGCCGUGAGUGGGAGAAUAUUGCACGGGCUAUGCGGCUUGAAACGGAGUGCUGCGAGACGAUCCUCGCCCUCCUGCAUGACAUGAGGCUUCAAGGGGAUGACAGCGUGGAGACGACGGAUGCGCUGAAGGCCAUGGCCGAGUCCAAGAAGGGGCUCCAGGGGAAGCGCACGCUAGGGACGUUGAAAGCCAGGCUGCCUUCUUCUGCCGCGCGCUACAUAAUCGAGCAGGUGAUCACGCCGAGGAUGGUUGUCGACGUGCGAGAGUGGAAGCCGUCAUGGGAUCCGGACUGCCACGACUGGCUACGCCCGUUCAUUCCCCUCAUCGGCCACUUACCCGAGAGCCUCUACAGUACUGUGGAGAGCAAGAUCAGGAACGGUGACUACGAAGUCGUCUCGCCAUGGAAGGAAUACCUUAGCCCUGUGCAGUGGGACACCUUCAGCAAGCGUCACAUCCUGCCAAUGCUAACACGGUUGGUACGGGAGAUGAAGAUCACGCCGCCGAAGCAAACCGACCCUUCGUUCCGGACCGUGAUGCUGUGGGCACCUCUCCUGCGCGCUCAAGACGUGGUGUCGAUCCUAGAGGCCGAAAAAUUCUUUGAAAAAUGGGAAAGCACGCUGCGGCACUGGCUGCAAGCCGCGAAGCCCCCGUUGGGGGAGGCCAUCGCAUGGUGCACCGGCUGGAAGACGCUCUUCACACCAGAGCUGCUCGCUGACGAAAGUGUGCUCACGCAUCUUGAUGCUGGCCUUGAUAUGGUCGAUCCUGCAAUGCAAGAACUCGACAGUCUUUUUAGCAAUUUGUAG